AUGUCACCUCUGCAGACAAAUGCAAAGGUUCCAGGGAAAGAGCCCAACACUGAUGACCACAUGGAGUUGAGCCCAGGAGUCACACCUGGAUGUAUUGGUAAGUCCAACCAGACACAGGUGACAGAGUUCAUCCUGCAGGGGUUCUCAGAGCACCCAGAACUGCAGCUGCCCCUGUUUGGCUGCUUCUUCUUCCUCUACACCAUGGCCCUCAUGGGCAACACUCUGAUCAUCACUGUCAUCACCUGCAGCUGUGGUCUCCACAGCCCCAUGUACUUUUUCCUGUUGAACCUGGCCACCAUGGACAUCAUCUGCUCUUCCACUGUGCUGCCCAAGGUGCUGGCAGGCCUGGCCUGGGAGGAAAACACCAUCUCCUUCCAGGGGUGCAUGACUCAGCUCUUCUUCCUUGUGUGGUCUGCAUCCUCUGAGCUGCUGCUGCUCACAGUCAUGGCCUAUGACCGUUAUGUAGCUAUCUGUCGGCCCCUGCAUUAUGGAACCCUGAUGAGCCUGAGGCUCUGCCUGGCACUGGCCAUGGGAGUCUGGGCCAGCUGUGCUCUGAACUCCUCCAUCAACAUUGCUCUGAUGGCACAGCUGUCCUUCUGUGGCCCCAAUGUCAUCACUCACUUCUUCUGUGAGAUCCCCCCACUUCUGCUGCUCUCCUGCAGUCCCACUCAUGUGAACAGCAUCAUGACCACUUUGGCUGAUGCCUUCUAUGGAGGCAUCAACUUCCUGCUCACCCUGGUGUCCUAUGGCUACAUAAUUGCCAGCAUCCUACGCAUCCACUCAGCUGAGGGGAAGCAGAAGGCCUUCUCGACCUGCUCCUCCCACCUCAUCGUGGUCUCUAUCUACUACUCAGCUGUGUUCUGUGCCUACAUCAGCCCAGCCUCCAGCUACAGCCCUGAGAGAAGCAAACUGGCUGGAGUGCUGUACACAGCUAUCAGUCCCACCAUAAACCCACUCAUCUACACACUGAGGAACCAAGAGUUCAAGGCAGCCCUAGGGAAACUCUUCCCCUUUUGUAGACAUUAA